CGCUAAAGUUUUCAAAUUAAGGAAACCAAAAAAAAAAAAACUGACUGGUUUCCGGAACCCUAAUUCUCUCUUUUAUAAAGAACCAAUACGCCAUCUGAGCUCUCUCAAUUUCGGCCGGGGGAGGAAGGCAGCGUCGGCAAACAGCUGAACGACUUGCCAAAACUGGUUAGCAACUAGCAAGGAGACAGGGAGCGGCGGGCGUGGUUCGUGGGGGGUUUGAGCUAGAGGAUGGUCGGGGGAGGUGCCGGCGGGAGGACGAAUGAGCAGGUGGUUCUGAAUAGUACGAAUGUCUUUGCUGCGCUCGACACUUUGAGGAAGAAGAAGAAGAGCUCGAGCUCUUCUGCUGCGAAUUCCGGGAAGGAUCGACACGGCUUGUCUAAAUCGAAAUCGAGCAAGGAUGGUGAUAAGGAGUCCGAGAAGGUGUUCUGGUCGCCGGCGCCGCUAAACUCGAAAUCCUGGGCUGAUGUGGACGACGAAGAUGAUGAUGAUUACUUCGCGACUACUGCCCCUCCUGCUGUCGUCUGGGGUGAGGAUGAUGCUGGUGGCAAGCCUGAAAACGAGGCCGUGGAGGAAAGUGAGAGUGAUGAAGAGGAUCUUGAUGAAAUUGAUGAUGAUGUGGAGGAAGAACAUGAACACGAGCCUGAAAUAGCCACCGAAGUCGAGCCAGUUAAGAAGCAACCCGAGACUCCCUUAGCUCCCAAAGAAUCAGAAAGGCAACUUUCGAAGAAAGAGUUGAAGAAAAAAGAGCUUGAAGAACUUGAUGCUGUUCUUGCUGAACUAGGAUAUGCCAAGCCGGAGUCUAGUAGUCAAGAAGUCUCUGAUGAUGUUUCACAAGAGAAGAAAGCAGACAACAAUGGGCAAGUGAAGAAUGAAAAUGCUCCAGGUGAGAGCAAGAGUGCCAAAAAGAAGAAGAAGAAGGAAAAGACAUCAAAAGAAGCCCCCAAGGAUUCCGAAGAUCAGUCUCAAAGUGCAGGUGUCAUCGGAGAUGUCCCAGCAAGUAGCACUGCUGAAGCCGAAAAGUCUGAUGAUGCAUCCAACGGUGUCGAUGUGAAAGAGCGGUUGAAGAAAGUGGCGGCCAAAAAGAAGAAAUCAAGCAAAGAAGUAGAUGCUGCUGCCAAGGCUGCCGCCAGUGAGGCUGCUGCCAGGCGAGCAAAGGUUGCUGCCGCAUCAAAGAAGAAGGAGAAGGCUCACUACAAUCAGCAGCCAGUGCGGUAAGCCAAGCAAAAGAAAAUUUUGUCCUCAGUACUUGUGUUUGAUUUUGAUAACGCAAGUAGUACCUCAGGAUAAGGAUUGAUGUCGCGAUAUCAAUGGCAACUUUUUUUGAGAAGGGAUAGAAAGAUACUUGUUCGUUUUAGCUCUUCACAUGUCCUGGUUUUGUUGGGAAUGCUGAACCUGGUGCUUUCUUAAACAGCCUAAUAUGAAAUGACAGGUUCCGUGGUUCAUUUCUAUGUAGUUUCUGUUCUUCCAAGUUUGUUCUUAUAUCAAUGACCACUUCCAUGCCUUUGUUGUAUCAUGAGCCUGUUCUCUUGA